AUGCUUUGCCGUGUUGGUUUGAGACCCCUUGCAAGAGCUUCUAUCGCUAGAUCUCCGGUCGUUUCGUCGGCUUUGCUCAGAAAUGUGAGAUUUGCUUCCACAGAGACCAUGAAGGUGAGCCACGAACAGGAGCAGGAACUUCUUGUUCAGCAGAGAAAGAACCGUCCCGUCUCUCCACACUUGCAGAUUUACCAGCCCCAGCUCACAUGGUACUUGUCAGGUUUGCACAGAAUCACCGGUGUGGCCAUGUCGGGUGCUUUCUACGCCUUGACUUGCACCUACGCCCUUUCUGCUGUGUUUGGCUUCCCAUUCGAGGCUUCCACACUUGUCUCUGCAUUUGCCGGCUUGCCAUUUGCCGUCAAGCUUGGUGCUAAGGCUGCCAUGGCCUUCCCAUUCACAUUCCACUCCUUGAACGGAAUCAGACAUUUGGUGUGGGACUUCGGUAAAGAAUUGACAAUUCCAGGCGUCUACAGAACUGGUUACAUUGUUUUGGCUGCUACCGCUGUCUUCGGAACCUACUUGACCUUCUUCUGA